AUGAGUUCUCAGAUUACUUGUGUCGGGUGGGUGAAGCGGGGGGCUGCCAAGGAAUCGCCGGACAAAGUUGAGUUGAGCCAGGAGGAGCUGCAACGCAUCAUCAAUGAGGCAAGAGAAGAGCUGGGGGGACAAGUAGCUGAAGAAGAGGAAGAUGAGGAUGGCGGUAUUGUAGCUGAUGAUGAUGGCGGGGAUGUUCCUGGAGAAAAUAACGAUGAUGCUGUUGAUGAGCUUGCAGAAUAUGGGCUGGAUAAAUACGAUGAAGAGGAUAUAGGCAAGAAGGCCAACCUUGGGGACAGUCUGGCCGGUCUCACCGUGUUCUGUUCAAAUGAAGAGGACCCUUACAUCACGCUCAAAAACACUGAUCAAUAUGAGCGAGACGACUUCCAAAUAAAGCCCACUGACAACCUCAUCUUAUGUGGGAAGACUGACAGGGAUUGUUGCAAUCUGGAGGUCUAUGUGUACAACAGCGAGGAGGACUCUCUAUACGUGCACCAUGACAUUCUGCUGCCGGCGUACCCGCUAAGCAUCGAGUGGCUCAACUUUGAUCCGAAUCCUGAGGAAACACGAUCAAACUAUGCCGCCGUGGGCAACAUGACGCCGCAGAUCGACGUGUGGGACUUAGAUGUGGUGGACUGCCUAGAACCGGCAUUCUCGCUGGGCAACAAAAAGGAAGCCAAGAAGAAGAAAAAGAGCAAAAAGGGCGCAUCGGCAGAUCCGGUGGAGGGACACACCGACGCAGUAUUGGAUUUAGCCUGGAACAAGCUCAUCAGAAAUGUCUUAGCCAGCGGAUCAGCAGAUGACACCGUUAUCCUUUGGGAUCUGUCUCAAGGCAAACCUGCCACCACCCUGCACAGACACACUGAUAAAGUUCAGACGCUGGCGUUUCAUCCAUUUGAGGCACAGACGCUCCUGUCGGGAUCAUACGACAAGACAGCGCUUCUGUAUGACUGCCGCAGCCCAGACAGCUGCCGCACGUGGAGAUUCAGCGGUCAAGUUGAACGCCUGGUUUGGAACCACUUUUCACCAUGUAACUUCCUGGCCAGCACAGAAGAUGGCUUUGUGUACUGUCUGGAUGCUCGCGCAGAUAAGCCCGUUUUCACGCUUAAGGCGCACGACGAAGAGGUUUCGGGUUUGGAUCUUAGCAGCCAAAUUAAAGGCUGCUUAGUCACAUCGUCGGCAGACAGGCAUGUCAAGAUCUGGGACAUUUUGGGCGACAAACCCAAUCUGGUGCAUUCACGGGACAUGAAAAUGGGCGUUGUAUUCUGUGCGUCGUGUUGCCCCGAUCGGCCCUUCACGUUUGCUUUCGGGGGACAAAAAGAUGGCUUGCGGGUUUGGGAUAUUAGUGAUGUUGCAGCAGUGGCUGCGGUGUUCGGCAGUCGGGAGCGCUUGGUGGUGAACGCGGGACCUCAAACAUCCAGCGCUGCUUCUGCAACACAGAUGGAUACCUCAUAG